UAUGUUGGAUAAAAAAUUAAAAGUGAAGGGUUUAAAUGUAUAAAUAAAUUUUAAUAGCACCUCACACAUUAAGUGGUAGUUGUAAAUCUUAUUUAUUUUUCUAAUAAAACUUUAAAUGAGUAAUAUUCAACCCGUCAAAAUAGUAUGGCAACACUAAACACAACAAAAAAAAAUAACGACCGAAAACGGAAUAACCAGUAAGUCCAGUAACCACCAACAUAGUCUAGAAAAGCGAAGCGCGUAACGUUUUGCUUCAUUGAUUUUUAUUAAAAUAUUACAAAUAAUGUAUUAAUACGUCCCGUUUUUCUAUAUCAUAUUUAAGAAGUUAAUAUAAGGUACAAGUUGUAGUUAGUGAAUUAGAAGUUUGGUGCAAGAUUAACAAAAUGAAAGAUCCUUUUGUAAACGACUCCGGUAUCGAUUCUCCCGCACGGGAUAGUAUGAGAAAUAUUGAAGGAUGUUACAAUAAAAACAUUUUUAAGGGUAAAUCUUUUGCUAAUUCACGUCGUGCCUUGCAAUCUGGAGCAGAGAAGAUUACGAGGACGUUCAAGAGCGUUAGAAACACCUUCGGAAAUUUAUCGCAGCAUUUUAGACUAAGCGGUCGUAGAAGACAUCGUCUAACUGAAGUUGGAUCUCCAUGCCGUAUGCCGACUACACCAGUUACUAAAAAGAAACAAUUUUCAGGACGUAGCCCGACCAAGCUAUACAGUCCGUUCGGAAUCGAGACUCCCCACAACAGAGACUUCAGAAUGUCUCCAUACAUGCCUGAUACUCCUGAAAAUGGGCUAUCUCCAAAGCAUCAUAAGGGCAUGACACACUCCUGGCAUAUCCUGGCCAAGAAACGUCCGAGAGUGCUUUUCCAUUAACAUUAUUAUUAAAUUACCCAAAAAUAUAUAAUAAUACCCACCGCUUAUGUCGUUAGUAACAGCAUUUUUACUGCAUUUAUUAAUGUAUUCUAAUGUCGUUUUGUUAUACAUUAUAAGUUUGUCUUACACUUACUUAGCUAGUGUGUAAUAUUAUUGUAACGAUAAAAAUGUAUGUCCUGCUAUAAAUGACCGCAGAGCCUCCUUUGUCCAAUUCUGUAAGUGAUACAGAUUUCUGACAUGUAUAUGAAAUGAUCUACAGUUAUAUUGAUUCACAAGUUUUUAUUGUGGACAAAACUCACCGUACAAUUGUAAAAUGUAACUAACUAAUGCUCAAGUAAACAAACAUUAGAUUUUUUAAUGUUUUGUUACUGAUUUAGGUUUGAUUCUACUCUAAAAUACGUCUCCUCGUGCAAAACUAUGGAUUUUACAACAUUUUUCAUCACUAAAUAUAUUGAUGAUGUCCAAAACAUUUGUUUCGGGACGGUAGGGAAAUAAUUUUUACAUGAAGUGAAAAGUUACGGCGGCUAUGAUAACAGUAUUAUAGUUAUAUUAUAAAAAUAUGUACGUUUUAUUAAAAAUAUAUAGCUAUUU